CAUUAAUGAGCAGGGCUGUGUGACCCACAUUGUUGCUUGCAGGCUUGUUAGAAAGUGUUGAUUCCUGUGUUAUAUUGAAUGUUCCUGCUCUCUCCACCCUUGGGAGCACAGCCAGAUACUGAGGAUGUGACGCCAGAUGAAGGCGGUGUAGUCUCCGCCCUGUGUACGGUCCGGGGCUCCCACAGCCACGCUGCUCUUCAGACACACACACAGGGACAGAGGAAGGGGCUUUACCAGGGACCCAGCCCAGUGCAGCGCCUGUAGGCAGCAGGGAGACAGUGAGAGAUGUCAGCACACAGGCCGAGUCUCGCCGCCGCCGCUGCAGCCCCGAAAGCCAAGCUCACUCACCCGGGCAAAGCGAUCCUGGCAGGUGGGAUUGCAGGAGGCAUUGAAAUCUGUAUCACCUUUCCGACGGAAUAUGUGAAGACUCAGUUACAGCUGGAUGAGAAAGCAAACCCACCACGGUAUAAGGGAAUCGGUGACUGUGUGAAACAGACGGUUCGGGACCAUGGGGUAAAGGGGCUGUAUCGUGGUUUGAGCUCACUGCUGUAUGGAUCUAUUCCCAAGGCAGCUGUCAGGUUCGGGAUGUUUGAGUUCCUGAGUAACCAGAUGCGGGACUCUCAGGGGAAGCUGAGUAACCGACAGAGCCUGCUCUGUGGACUGGGGGCUGGGGUCUUUGAGGCCGUGUUGGUGGUCUGUCCAAUGGAGACUGUCAAGGUGAAGUUCAUCCACGACCAGUGUUCUCCGAAACCGAAAUACCGAGGAUUCUUCCACGGGGUCCGAGAGAUAGUGCGUGAGCAAGGUCUGAAAGGUACAUAUCAGGGAUUAACAGCAACUAUCCUGAAGCAAGGAUCGAACCAAGCCAUUCGAUUCUUUGUGAUGACCUCACUGAAGAACUGGUACAAAGGGGAUAAUCUGGCCAAGGAGAUGAACCCGGUCAUCACCGGAUUGUUUGGUGCCCUCGCCGGAGCUGCGAGCGUGUUUGGCAACACCCCCCUAGACGUGGUGAAAACCAGAAUGCAGGGCCUGGAAGCUCAUAAAUACAGGAGCACCUGGGACUGUGCUAUCCAAAUAAUGAAGUACGAAGGCCCCUUGGCGUUUUACAAAGGAACAGUCCCUCGGCUGGGUCGGGUCUGCCUGGAUGUCGCGAUAGUCUUCAUCAUCUAUGAAGAAGUGGUGAAGGUGCUGAACAAGAUUUGGAAGACGGACUGAAGAUUUUGG